AGAAUGGCGGACCAAAACAACGCAAUUCAAUGCGAUCAGGACGCAGCUCAACCGAAACAGUAUGGUGGGAUCGAGGGACCAACGUCGCAGUACGUGAAGCUCGUCAGCAGCGAUGAUCACGAGUUUAUCAUUAAGCGGGAGCUCGCGCUUACCUCUGGAACCAUCCGAGCCAUGCUUUCAGGCCCCGGAGUGUACGCCGAGAACGAGAGCAACGUCGUCUACUUCCGUGAAAUUCCAUCGCACGUGCUCCAAAAAGUGUGCCAAUACUUUGCCUACAAAGUCCGCUACACCCACGCAGCCACCGAAAUCCCAGAGUUCCCGAUUCCACCAGAUGUCGCGUUGGAGCUCCUGAUGGCCGCCAAUUUCUUGGAUUGUUAAUUUAAUUUGAAAAUUGUGUGCUGAAAAUUCCGUUUUUUCUCCCAUUUUUUCCCUGAAUUUCCAUCAUUUUUCAUGAAAAAACCCCGAAAUUUCAGUAUUUUUCAUGAAAAAACCCCGAAAUUUCAGUAUUUUUCAUUUAAAAAAACCCGAAUUUCGAUAAUUUUUCAUUUAAAAAAAAUCGAAUUUUCAUAAUUUUUCAUGAAAAAAAAACCCGAAUUUUUAGUAUUUUUCAUGAAAAAACCCCUAAUUUUUAGUAUUUUUCAUGAAAAAAACCCGAAUUUCCGUAUUUUUUCAUGGAAAACCCCGAAUUUCCAUAAUUUUUCAUGAAAAAAACCUGCAUUUUCAGUAACUUUUCAUGACGAAACCCAGAAUUUUUAGUAUUUUUCAUGAAAAAAAAACCCGAAUUUCCAUAAUUUACCAUGAAAAAAACCCGAAUUUUUAGUAUUUUCCAUGAAAAAACCAGAAUUUCCAUCAUUUUUCAUGAAAAAACCCCGAAAUUUCAGUAUUUUUCAUGAAAAAACCCCGAAAUUUCAGUAUUUUUCAUUUAAAAAACCCGAAUUUCGAUAAUUUUUCAUUUAAAAAAAAUCGAAUUUUCAUAAUUUUUCAUGAAAAAAAAACCCGAAUUUUUAGUAUUUUUCAUGAAAAAACCCCUAAUUUUUAGUAUUUUUCAUGAAAAAAACCCGAAUUUCCGUAUUUUUUCAUGGAAAACCCCGAAUUUCCAUAAUUUUUCAUGAAAAAAACCUGCAUUUUCAGUAACUUUUCAUGACGAAACCCAGAAUUUUUAGUAUUUUUCAUGAAAAAAAAACCCGAAUUUCCAUAAUUUACCAUGAAAAAAACCCGAAUUUUUAGUAUUUUCCAUGAAAAAACCAGAAUUUUCACUAUUUUUCAUUAAAAAAACCCGAAUUUCGAUAAUUUUUCAUUAAAAAAAAAUCGAAUUUCCAUAAUUUUUCAUGAAAAAACCCGAAUUUCCAUCAUUUUUCAUGAAAAAAAAACCCGAAUUUCUAUAAUUUUUCAUGAAAAAAACCCGAAUUUUUAGAAUUUUUUCAUGAAAAAAACCCGAAUUUCCAUCAUUUUUCAUGAAAAAACCGAUUUUUCAACGUUUUUGUAGAAAAAAAAGCGAAAUUUCCAUAAUUUUUUAUGAAAAAACCCGAAUUUUUAGUAUUUUUUCAUGAAAAAACUCAAUUUUCCCUCAUUUCCCCCAAUUUUUGACUCAUUUUCCUGUACAAUCUCAACUGCGCCGCCCGUUUCUUAUCAUUUCGAAUUUUUUUCUAUAUAAGGACGAAUCGUACGCACUGUGGGACACGAUUUUUCAGUGAUUUUUACUCUAAAAAUCGAUUAAAACUCGCCCAAUUAUCAUUUUGAACAGAGCUGUGUUAAAUAUAUUUAAAUAUUUAAAUAAUUUUCCCAAUUUCUUGUAAAAAUACACGUUUCAUGAUGCAAU